UGGCGUGAGCCCUGGCAGCAGGGGGUCCCAUGGCCACUGUGAGUGAUGACCCCAACCUGGGCGACGGCCCAGAUGGAGACUGUGAUGUCCACUGUGACGACUCUGACUCCAUGAGCGUGCUCUCAGAUGACUCUGUGCUUCCCAGCUAUGAAAGGGAGGAAAAGCACGUGGGGUCAGCUGAAACGCUGUACGAGGCCUGUGCUAGGAAUGACGCUUGGUCCCUGCGCAAGAUCCUGGAGAGAGGAGUCACUAAGGAAGAGGUCAUGGAGCUGGACAUCAACGGCAGGAAUGGGCUGAUGCUGGCUGUGAGCAGGGGUUUCGUAGACAUUGUGUACUUGCUCCACAAAUGUCCGCUAAUAGACAUCAACCACCAAGACAAUGAUGGCAAUACUGCCCUCAUGAUUGCGGCCCAGGCAGGUUUCAUCACCAUUCUGAACUACAUCCUUAACUAUUAUGCUGGGGUGGACACCGAGGUGAGGGAUCCCCGUGGCUUCACAGCCCUCAUCAAGGCAGGUCUACAGGGCCGUGAAGAGUGUGUGUCUGCCCUGCUCAUGCACGGUGCAGACAUAAAUGCGAUGGAUCUGGUCCGAGGAAAAGGCCUGAAGGAAUGGGUCCUGAAGACAGGAAGGUUUGAGACUCUGAACAGACUACGGCGUCUACAGGCUCAUCCUAUUGCUGAGCAAUUCUGUGAAACCUACAUUCCUGAGUGGCCUGAUCUGAAGCAUAUGGUAGCUAAGGCCACUGCUACCAAAACGACCGGUCAGAGGCUAACCCAGCGCUUAAAAGACACCCUCACUUUCAGCUUCCCUCAGGAUCCCCAAGACAAUGGGGUCAUGGACCAUAUGGUGCGGAUGACCACAGGCAUCCACAGCCCCCUAGUAGCAACUGGCUGCCGUCCCCUCUGCCCCACUAGCCCUCCGGUGGUUGGCAAGCGACGGCUGGCCGUUCCUGACCUGCUGACCAAGCACAGCAGCAAGGAGCUGGAGGAGAGUACUGUGAGCCACAGUACUGGCAUCAUCACCUCAGCUACCCCUUCCUCUCUGUCAGCCACCUCUGUAUCUCUGACUUCCUGCUGCAAUGAUCGCAGGGGAAGCAUGGAGCCUGGUGGUAUUAAAACCUUCAUUCCCCGCAGCAUGGCACGUAGGAACAGCGUCUUCCCCUCAGGCUGUAUCCCAAAGAUUGAAGUGACAAAGUCUGGGGAGCCCACUCCAAAGAAAGAGAAGAAGAAGAAAAGGCAAAAGGGCUACCUUGAACCUCCUGUCUGGAAGUACAAGGAGGCCAAAGAAGAAAAGAAGAGAGAGAAGCAGCGUGAAAAGGAAAAAGAGGAGAGGAAAAACAAGCAACAAAGUGCAUCAAGCAAAAAGUAAGGCAGUUACUCCUUUCGGCAGAGAGUCUUCCACGAUAAUACCAUGCAAGAGGCAUGAGUGUGCAGUUAUCGAGGUCUCUGAGGCCAGCUGCAAGAAAAGAAAACCAAAAUGCAAGGACAUUUCUGGAAAUGAGCUGCUGGUGAUGAGGCAUAUCGAUGGAUUCUCAAUCUCCUCUGGAAUACAGAAGUGAGACUGGCACGGCGUGAACUUCACUCAACAUGAUGUUUUGUUUUUUUCAGCAUCUUUGAAGCUGAAGCUGAAGAGGUGAUUUGUGUUAUUUUGUUUUGGGGCUAUAUGGACGUUUUUGAGAGGAUUCACUGCUUCAACUCCUAACUGACGAAUCUGUAGAUAAACUCAUGUGGGAAAGCUAAGUUAUAUUAAAAGUAUACGUCUGAAAUCUCAGAAUCUGUUUUGAGAAACAAGUAUGUUUGCGAGGGUAUUUACCAAACUAAGAAUUAUUAACACUCUCCAUGUAGAGUCCCAUAACGUAUAUUGCUUGACUGCAAUGAAACCAAAGCACUAGCCAUAACCCAGAUUUCAAUGAGCCUGGACUUUCAGUAAAUGCAUCUACCAGCCACAGUUUAAAAGAGUAGGCCACGGACUGCUGGAAUAAACAGAGACGAGGUAUCUUUGACAUGUGUUUUUUGUAGUUUGUUCACUCACCUGUCAGAAAACUCUCAACUGGCCGUUCUGUUGUGGCAGACAUUUUUAUUAUAGGCCAGAACAGCAGUAAUUACCUCCGUUUUGAUGAGGUUCUGUUACCAGGGCACAGGAUUGAAAUUUGUGUAUAAUGUUAAACUUGCUGAGGAAUCUUUUUGUUGGUAAUACUACAGAUAAUGAGAUUUAUAUACACAACUGAGCAGAAUACAUAUUAUAAUGUAAUAUGUAUGUUCCAUAAUGUGCUCUGACUACAGACACUUUGAAUAUUUGUUCACCAAAAGCAAGAAAGGACACUGUUUGUUUACAAAGCUGAUUUAAAUUACCUGUACCAUGUAAUGUUUUGCUUUUCCUCAUCUGCAUCACACUUUUAUAUCUGGUCAACACCUCAAAUAUGACAACGUUAUCUCAAAUUGAGUGAAAGCAAUCAGACAACACUACUGAGUUUGGGUAAUCCACUGUAUGACCUUAUUGAUAACAGUUAUGAUAAGGUAACUAGAAGCAGUCCGACUACAUAAAAAUGUAUUAGAAAUUAAACAUUUCCUUAACCACCACGUCA